GUACAUGUUUAUCUGUAUAUGUGUGUCUGUAAGUUGGUAUAUGUGUGCUUCAUUUUGGCAUGUGUGAUUAAUGCUUCCUGUCGUCCUGUUGCCCACAUGCUCACUUCUGUGGAGAAUUUCCCAAGAAAACGGAUCAUAACUUUAAAAUUGAAAUUCUUUUCGUAUGAAGACAGUGUCACUGAUUUUUUUAAAAACUCAGCGACCUGCUCGUUUCUCACCCUCCCUCGAUAACCUUACUUGGAAAUGACUGAUUUUUUUCGCAGCAAGCAGCGGGAAACCGAAAGUAUCAAAUAAGCUCAAAGCUUUCGCUUUCGCUUCCAGAGGGCACUUAAUUUUAGUUACGACUUCUGCAUUUAAGUUUGCAUUGGGGUCUCUUUGCCUGUAACGUUUACUUGUGAAUUUCUUUAUAUCACAGGGCUGUUGUGUUGUUCUUAAAAUCAGACUGGCAGCAUCGGGAUAAAAUAUUGCCUUUUUUCCGUUUGCAAGGAGGGAACGUGAUUAAACUGUGUGCGAGCCAAUUUGCACAUGUAUCUCUGACGUCUGAGAGAGGAGUUUUGUUCCCGUAACACAAAGUAUGUGCUGAAGAUGGAAGAAGGAGCCAAGUUGCAUCUGAAAGAGUGGCUGAUAACUCAGAUAGAGAGUGGGAAAUAUGAAGGACUGUGCUGGGAGGAUGAGGACAAAACUAUGUUCAGGAUCCCGUGGAAACAUGCAGCCAAGAAGGACUACAAACAGACAGAGGAUGCAGCUCUCUUCAAGGCAUGGGCUGUGUAUAAGGGCAAAUACAGGGAGGGAAGGGAUAAAGCCGACCCUACGAUGUGGAAGACCCGUCUCCGCUGUGCACUCAACAAGAGCACAGACUUCCAGGAGGUCCCUGAACGCAACCAGCUGGACAUCACCGAACCAUAUAAAGUCUAUCGCAUCCAGCAUGACAAUGUGCCAGCCAGACCAGCAGAGUCUCCCCAGAUAAAGAAUCAAGUGAUUAUCCAUGGUAAUAAGUCUCCAAAGAGCCCUGGUUUUCUGGACGAACAGCUUCAUUUUCAAAAUGAAUCAUUUCAAGCACAUAAAGAGGAAGAAAAAUCAUUGUCUGAGGAUCUGAUGAGGGAGCACAUGUACUGUGAAUUAACAGGGAAAAAAACUCCAAAUGUUAUUACCUUCCUCAGUCCUGCACUUCCUAUAUCAGACUUUCGUAUGCAGGUGAUGUUGUUGUACCAGGGUCAGAAAGUGAUGAAAGUGACCACCAGGAGCCCAGAUGGGUGUUUCAUCCUGCAGGGUCGUGUUCCUUUGGGAAAUGAACGGAUCUACGGACCCUGCUCCGCCCAGCAGCUCUCAUUUCCUUCCCCGGGCUCCGUAUCCCUACCGUCAUGCAUGGCUGAAGCAAUGAAUUGCCUUCUUUCUCACCUGGAAAGGGGUGUGCUAUUAUGGGUGGCCCCAGAUGGGGUGUUCAUCAAGCGUUUCUGCCAGGGCAGAGUGUACUGGAGUGGUCCCAUGGCUCAACACACUGACCGUCCCAACAAACUGGAACGAGAAAAGACCUUCAAACUGCUUGACAUACCCACAUUUGUCGGUGAGCUUCAGAGCUGUUUACAGGGGAAGGGACCUACACCUUCUUAUGAGAUUGAGCUCUGCUUUGGAGAGGAGUAUCCAGAUCCUAAUGUACCGAAAAGCAGGAAGCUGAUCAUGGCACAGGUGGUGCCACUGUUUGCAGUGGAACUUCUGCAGAGGUUCAACUUGGGAGAAACUGAGGAGAAGCAUUCGGCUCCCAGCUCCAAGACAGAGGGUCAUCACCAGGAAAGAUUUCCUAAGGGCAGAGCAAAAGAUACAGAAUAUCAUCAGUGAAGAUGCAUAUAUGAAGACAAAAUUAUGGAUGUGCUGCAAUGUAAACCUAUCUGCAAUGCAAGAAGAAAAAUUCAAAGCAAGGUUCUUUAUUUUUACCUUAUAUUGAUUUUUUUUUUUCCCGGUGCACCAUGCAGCUAGACUGGCAAGAGUUAUCAGCUAUUGUUAAAGGAAAUAUCUUGUUCAAAGCAAUAAAACAUGUUGAUAGCA